CCCUACGUACUAGUCACAGUCAAGACUCGCACGCCAAAAAUCCAAAUCAUCAACGCGAAAACUACACCCCCACCCCCCUCUAAUUUACUUAAUUUUUGUGUUUGUGAUUUUUUUUCUGGUGAUUGUGAAUAAUCAUUGAAAUCUUGGAUUAAGUGUCUUGUAUUUGAAAUCGUGUAUUUAGAUGAUUAAAGUGACAGAAUGUGUUGUUUCGAAGUAUCACGUGACAGUUGAUCAUCAUGUGGCAUGCGGUCAGAUAAAGAGCACUACCUCCGGGGAUGUGGAGGAUGCAAGAGGGUAGAACAAUGUCACCUCUCGGACCGAUUCUCGGUGAGGAGGUUGGAGUUCCUCUUCAGGAUAGACGACACGUGUUACUUCAAGUCAGGACAGCUGAUCCAUUCUUUCGCUACGAUCAUUUACGAUCAGAGCAAACAACAUCGCCCCAUCUUGCCGAGGACAUUAUCGAUAAUGAUGGCGAGACGAAGAUAAAGCAAAAAAUUGAAAAAAACGAGGACGAAAAUGAAAAUGGUAUUAUCAGUGGUGAUAGGCAAACAGAAAGAAUCAGUGAUAAUCAUUGUAUUAGUAAUAAUAGAAUUAAACGAAUCACGUCGAAAAGUGAAGAGGACGAUGAUGAGGAUAUGGAUGAUGAUGAUGAGGAAUUGGAGAAAAGAAAUGGAUCAUUUCAUGAUGAUGAAGAUGAUGAUGAGGAUGUGGAGGUUGAUGUGUGUCGCGAUGGUGACGAGAGUAAUCCAAGUAGUCCCGUUGAUUUGACUGCACCUUCAAGAUGUUCCGAUCAAUUUUUACAUCAUCCAUUUGCAACUCGUGGAUUACAUUCGUUUAAUUGUCUUCAAAAUGGUGCGAGUGGAAUUGGUGUGAGUGGACAGGGGGGUCAUUCGGUUUUUCUAUCUGGACACGCGUCAAAUGUCUCGACGACACUUGUCACUGUUUGUAGUGCCAGUAAUGUUACGGAGACAAAUGGACCUAGUGGUGGUAAUAUUAUCACAACAACAACAACUUCUAGUUCUGUGCAAUCAAAUAAACGAGGACUUGCAUUCUCAGUAGAGAAUAUUCUCGAUCCAAAUAAAUUCACCGGCGGCCGCGUUAUACACGGUCGUAUUCAACAUCGUCGACGGCGACGUGCCGGUAGCGUUCAAGAAGAUGGAGACUCGAGGGGUGAAUUCGCCGGUGGCAGUGGCCAGGAGGACGAAAUUUGUCCCGACGGAAUGGAGGACAUGGACGAGGACAUCGAGGAAGAGGAGGACGACGUGGAGAUGCGUGUUGGCGAGGAGGAACACGACAACUCGGGUCUCACUAGAGAAAAUAACACGACAACACCGUCGAACUGUAAAAAAAGACAAUCGUCCUCGUCCUCCUCAUCAUCUUCAAGCGGUACUCCCAGUCAAGGUCAAAAUUGCCAAGGCCAAGGCAACCAGAACAAUGGCUCGAGUGGUGGGACCGGCGGCAAGCCAAGAAGAGCAAGAACAGCAUUCACCUACGAGCAAUUGGUGUCAUUGGAAAAUAAAUUCAAAACAACAAGGUAUCUCUCCGUGUGUGAACGUUUAAAUCUUGCCCUCUCGUUGAGUCUCACUGAGACUCAGGUGAAAAUUUGGUUUCAAAAUCGACGAACAAAGUGGAAAAAGCAAAAUCCCGGCCUGGACGUUAAUAGUCCAACUGUGCCGACAGCACCGUCGCAUCCGUCGCCCUAUGCGCCGGCAUUUUUGUUCGCGGCCCAUCCACACGGACAUCCGCAUCCACAUCCGCAUUCGCACUCACACGUUCAUCAUCCACCGCCGCCACCGCCACCGCCACCUGGCUAUUAUCAUCCGUCGCCCUAUCCUCCCACGGGACCGUCAUUCUUCGGUCAUCAUUUGUCAACGACACCUGUGUCGGUGUCUGGCCCUCAACCUGUCACCACGUCGGCUGGUUUAACCCUCUCGUCACAUCCGCAUUCUCACACGCAUCCGCACGCGUAGCGACCUGAACUUUUUGUCGUCUCGUCGUCAACGUCGUCAACGUCGUCCAUUACGCGAAUGAACGGCACGAAGUAAUUCUUUUCUCCUUCAUUUCUAUAUUAAUUGUUAAUUGUUAUUUACUGUAUUAAUUGUUAUUUUAUUAAUACUUUAUACAGGGUGUGACAAUGG